AUGCCUGCGAGCUUCUUUAGUCUACCCGCCGAACUCCGCAACGAGAUAUACAUGUAUCUCCUAGUGCGCAGACGGCCUAUUAUUGAUCUCUGGUACGGAUAUCGUGGCCUAACACCCAGUCUCCUCUCCACGAACACGAAAAUCCUACAGGAGGCUAGAACACUACUCUAUGGUGAUCAUGGAUGGAUACUCAACGUGAUAGUGCCGACAGAGAACUGGGUCAGUGACUACGUCUUUCCCAAUCAGAGCUACAGCUAUGAGAACUGCGACGAUGAGGACUACUACUAUGAUGACUACGGAUAUGGGGUCUACAGAGAACUACGACGAUGA